CCUGGUAGGUAGAUGACCAAUGCCCGCCUGACCUAUUACCAAGGACUCCUGUUAGAUGCACCCCGGAUCAUCUUUGCCGAACCAACUGCACUGAAUCCAGCCAUCCUGCUGCCGACCCCGGAUCUGGAAGCCCCCCUGCAUGACUGCCAGAUCAUGACAGAAAUCACCCAGGUGCGCCCCGACCUCCAGGACACCGCCCUUCCCGACAAUGAGUGGAUAUGGUACACUGAUGAAAGCAGCUUCGUUAUGGACGGGGUGCGAAGGGCGGGCGCAGCGGUAGUGGGCCAAGACGGGAAUGUCAUUUGGAGUGCCUCACUUCCCCCGGGGACCUCAGCCCAGAAGGCCGAACUGAUUGCGCUGGCGGAGGCACUGGAACGGGCCGAGGGGAACCGAGUGACUGUCUACACCGAGAGCCGCUACGCUUUCGGCACUGUCCAUGUGCAUGGCGCCAUCUAUCGGGAGAGAGGCUUUGUUACAGCGGAAGGAAAGGAACUGCGCAAUCUCCCAGAGGUACAGAGGCUGCUGGCGGCCAUGCAGAAGCAGUUGUCCACGUACCUGGACACCAGUCUGCCCGGACCUCGGAGGCUGAAGAAAACCGGUGAGCGGAUGAGGCCGCCAAAAAGGCGGCAGUAACUU